AUGUCUUCCCAAAACAUUUUACCUAAUGACUUCCAAGAACAACUGCAACGAGCUCAUACAGAGCGAAACCCAACCCCACCACCUGCAGAGAUUAUAAUGCCCAAGUACACGCUACCUGACAACUUUCUGGAGGGCCCAGCCCCAAGCAUCUCACGUCACGAUAUCGACUUUGCCAAGGCAGGAUUAAACGAGUAUGACGGUGCCUGGGCGGUGGUGCUAGAUGGAGUUAUGACUGAGGAAGAAUGCAACCAACUGGUAGCAGCAGCCGAAGCAACCACCAAUGGGAAAUGGGAACGAGCUCUGGUCAACGUUGGCGGUGGAAUGCAAGCAUUGUACGAGGAUACGAGGAAGUGUGGACGCAUCAUCUGGGAUAGUCGUGAAAUCAUGGCGAAGUUGUGGGCGAGGAUCGAAGCCUUGGUGCCUGAGAUACACGAACUGAAGAAUUGGGCAGAUGUGACGGGUAACGGUCCAUAUAAGCGCAAUGAAACGUGGAGAGUGACAAGGCUCAAUGAGCGUGGUCGCUAUCUCAAGUAUCAAGGCGGAGAGUAUUUCAAAGCGCAUUGUGAUGGCUCCUAUGAAACACCUGACCGCGCUGAACGAUCGUACUUCACGCUACACCUGUACCUCAACGAUGCCGUCGACAAGGAUGGGAAAACGUUGCUUGAGGGUGGGGCCACCACUUUCUACACCUGGAACAUGAAGCAACGUAUCGAUAUAACGCCAAAGUGCGGCCGCGUUUUGCUCUUCCAGCACCGGGACCUUCUCCACUCCGGCGAUGAUGUCCUCAGUGGGACAAAGCUAACGCUAAGGACCGACGUCAUGUACACUAUAGACGGAGGGUUGAAGGCUUGA